CGGGCAGUCUGCUGCUGCUUCUGCUUCCUGAGCGGUGUUGAGAAGUGGCUAGUGUGAUUUUCGGUUAUUCUAGAGAUGGUUUGGGCGUUUUCCUUGCAAAUAACAUUUGUGGUUUUGAUUCAAGCGUUGAAAAACUCAACCUGCCAAUAAUUCACUUCCAAAUAUACUCGUCACAUCAAAUAAUGCUAAGAGCCAUAUUUUAUAAUGGGCAACACAUCCGCCAAGUAUUAUCUGCAAGAGACUUGAUGAUCUCCAAAAGAUUGCUUCAUCUAUCAUCAUGUUGUAUGAACAAAACAACUUUAGAGGUUGUAAGGGAGAAAGUCCGAACAGUGGCACCUGAAUCCCGCAAACCCAAAGUUAAAAUGCCACCUUAUGUUAAAAAUCUAUUUAAGGGGAAAAUUGACCCACACAUUUUUGGAUAUGGAGAGCUUGACCAGGGGGCCUUGGAUGUUGUACAAGAAAUGAGUCAAGAGCUUGAAAAGUUCAUGAAUGCACAAAAAUUUAUAUUAUUUGAUCAAAACCAGCCCCAAAUCACAUCUGAAGUAAUUUCCAAACUUAAAGAGACUGGUAUAUUCAAAGUCAAUAUACCCAAAGAAUAUGGCGGUUUGGAAUUAUCUUGCACUGAAAUAUUAUUUUUAUGUGAAGUUCUUUCAAGAGAUCCCUCUCUAUUUCAAACUUUGAAUGUUCACAUUCAUUAUAUCUCUAGCUUGUUAACAAAUUUUGCCAGCAGUGAACAAAAAGCAAAAUACCUCCCAUCUGUGGCUUCGGGAGAUCUUCAGAUAGGUUUUGCUUUGUGGGAAGAAAAUGCAGGUGUUGAUGUUUCCUGUCUUGAUUGUUCUGCUGAUUUCCUUGGUGAUCAGUAUGUAUUGAAUGGGUCUAAACGAUGGGUUUGUAAUGGAGGUAUUGCCGAUAAAUUUAUUGUCUUUGCAAGUGAAGUCAAAGGCCCCUCUAAAGGAAGUGCUGAUACUAUUACCUGUUUUUUGGUUGAUAAGCAUGCAGAUGGAAUUACAGCCAAAAAAAUGGACACUCUAGGAAUGAAUGAGUACAAUGCAUGGGAAAUUUCAUUUGAAAAUACUACUGUACCCAAAGAAAAUGUGAUUGGUGACGCAGGACAUGGAAUUAAUAUGAUACGAUCACUACUACAUGGUAAAUUUACUUUGGCUGGGGCCCAUGUGGGUCUACUAAGAGAUCUUUUAAACAAAACGGUACAUCAUGCCAUUAAUCGUACCUCUUUCGGGAAACCUCUGAUUAAGAAUGAUAUUGUCAAACAACAUCUUGCUGAAGCAGCUACCCGUCUUUAUGCAUUGGAAAGUGUUACUUAUAUGACAGCAGACUUGUAUGAUAAUAUUGAAGAUCCUGACAUUGAAGUGGAAACAGCCAUAGUCAAGCUAUACAGUGCUGAAACUGUUCCUUUUAUAGUUAAGAAAUGCCUUACCAUUUUGGGAUCAGAUUCAUAUAUCAAAGACAAACCAUAUGAAAAAAUUCUGCGUGAUACUUUGUUUCAUCCUCUUGUUGAAAACUCUGUGGACACUUUGAGGAUGACUAUAGCCAUGCUUUGCUUACAGCAUGCUGGUAAUUUUAUGCAAGAGUCUGUUUAUCAGAAAAGAAAUCCGCUCUUUUAUCCUGCAAAAGCCAUAAAGGAUUAUUUUACAAUGGUGCCCGAAGAGGAAGGUUUCACUGACAUUGUAUAUGAACAUGUCCAUCCCUCUCUAGAAAAUGGUGCUAAGGACCUAGAGAGAGCUAUUUUGAAGUGCCGUAGGGUCACAGAGGUGGCUUUCGCUCGGUGGGGCAAACAAAUUGAAGAAAAGCAGAUGAAUCUUGCAAGAUUAGCCGACCUUGCUGUUGAUAUGUACAUAACAACAGCAGCCCUUUCCAGGAGUUCUCGUGCACUCUCAAUAGGUACCAGAUUUAGUGAUGUUGAUGGUAGCAUUUCAAGUACUCUCGUAUGGGAUACUUACAAGAGAAUGUGUCAAACUUUACAAGAAAUAGAGGAGAGUCCAUAUGGUAAUAAUGAUGCUAAUUACUGGGUUAUUGCUGACACAGUACUUCAUGAACGCAAGUACUACUCUGAACAUCCAUUGGCAAGAACUUAUUGAAUGAUAUACAGAAAUUAUUACUAAAUGUUGUCAUCUCCUGUCAAACUUUCUCCUUUGUAUUAAAAUUGCCCCAAAGUAAUAAUAAAUACUGUCAUAGUUUUGUAA